AGAGACCCCGAGACGGCCAGCACCACAUCCCACCAUGUCGCUGGUGGAGACGAUCCGGCUCUGGAACGAGGGGGUGUGCGCAGCCGACCAGCGGGAGUGGAGGGCGGCCCUCGCCACCUUCACCUCUGUCCACAACCCUCCUUCCAAACUCUGCUUCAACAUCGGCUGCAUCCAGCUCAUUCUGGGGAACCUGCCCGAGGCAGAGAAGGCGUUCACGCAGAGCAUCUGCUGUGACAAGCACUUGGCCGUCGCCUAUUUCCAACGGGGGAUAGUGUUUUACAAGCAAGAGAAUCAUGAAAUGGCCAUGAAGGAUUUUGCAGAGGCAUUGGCCCAACUGCGAGGCAACCAGCUCAUAGACUACAAGAUCCUGGGGCURCGGUACAGGCUGUUUGCUUGCGAGAUACUUUAUAACAUAGCACUGGUGUACGCCACAAUGCAGGACUGGAAGAAAGCAGAGGAGCAUCUGACCCUGGCAAUGAGCAUGAAGAGUGAGCCCCAGCACAACAAGAUUGACAAGGCAAUGGAAGCUAUCCUGAAGCAGAAGCUCUAUGAGAUGGUGACAGUUCCCAUGGGCAAGCUGUUUCGGCCAAAUGAAAAGCAAGUGGCUCAACUGGAAAAGAAGGACUACCUAGGAAAGGCUACGGUGGUAGCAUCUGUGGUGGACAAGGACAGUUUUUCAGGAUUCGCUCCGCUUCAGCCCCAGGCCUCCGGUCCUCCACCCAGGCCCAAGACACCAGAAAUCCUCAGGGCCCUUGAAGGACAACCACACCGCGUCCUGUAUGAGUUCAUCCCCGAGACCUCUGAGGAGCUGCAGGUCCUGCCAGGAAACAUUGUCUUUGUCCUGAAGAAAGAAAAGGACAACUGGGCAACUGUGAUGUUCAACGGAAAGAAAGGGAUUGUCCCCUGCAACUACCUCGAGCCUGUGGAGCUCCAGAACAGGCUGCAUAUCCAGGAAGAAAUCCCUUCUGAAUCUGAGAUCCCAGAGCCACCAAGCUCCAGCGCUCCAGAAAAACCCCGUCGUCCAGCACCAGACUUUGUUCCAGUUACCACAGCACAGCUGAGAGAAGAACCCAAGGAGGCCAAAGCUGACCCCUACAUCCUCAAGGCACAUUACAAAUUUACAGUUGCUAUGCAAGUUAAGCCAGAUCUCUCCUACAAUGACCUCUUGAACUUGGUCUGCCAGAAACUGGAGCUGCAGCCAGAGCACACGGAGCUGAGGUACAGGUCAGAGAGCGAGGUGCUGGAGACGUUGAGUGCUGAGAACGUGAAGGCAGCUUGGAGUAAAGCCAAGGACAAGUGCCUGACAGUGUGGUGUGACAGCACGGAGGGCAAGGGUUCUCCACCAGAAACCAAACCAGACCAAGAGGCCCAGAAAGCAACGUCAGAAGAGUUGGAACCAAUCCAAGUUGUAGCACAGUACGACUACGAAGCCACCCAACCUGAGGACCUGGAGUUUCAGGCAGGAGACGUGAUACUUGUUUUAUCCAAAGUGAAUGAAGACUGGCUAGAAGGCCAGUGCAAUGGAAAAAUAGGCAUCUUCCCAUCUGCAUUCGUUCAGAAGUCUAACACUAAAGACCCUGAAAUCUAAUCUCAGAAGACCCUGAAAUCUAAUCUCAGAAGAGGCCUGGACAUGGAAAGAAAUUACGGAUUCAAACUGUUGCAAUUAAGAUGUUUCUGCAUUAACCGCUGCACCUGAAAGUUCCUAAAGUAUUUUUGCAAUGGGCAUUAAAAGCUUUAUUUUUUU